AUGACUGUUGCAGUAGACAACUCAUUUCGUGGCUGGUCCUCGAAUACCAACACCGGAGCUAUGUGUCUGGAGGACAAGUAUGAGAUCAUCAAAGAUAUUGGUGAUGGCAGCUUCGGAAGUGUCGUCCUUGCAAGGACAAGGAGCGCUGGCGCUCACCUUGUGCGAAGAAACACUUUGGUUGCCGUGAAGACCAUGAAGAAGACUUUUGAAUCCUUCUCACAAUGUAUGGACCUCAGAGAGGUCAUCUUCCUCAAGUCGAUACCAGCGCACCCUCAUCUUGUGCCGGCUUAUGACAUAUUCCUGGACCCCCUCAGCAAGAAGCUGCACAUUGCCAUGGAGAACAUGGAUGGCAACCUCUACCAGCUAAUGAAGACACGGGACCACAAGCCCUUCGAUGGCACUGUUGUCAAAAGCAUCUUGUUCCAGAUCCUCGGCGGCCUGGAGCACAUUCAUGAACACGGCUUCUUCCACCGCGACAUCAAACCCGAAAACAUCCUUGUCUCCUCCUCAGCACCCGACACACAAAGCGCUUUCAAGCGAUACUCGUCGUUAGUGACACCUCCGUCGACACCUCCCACUUACACCAUUAAGCUUGCCGACUUCGGACUGGCAAGAGAAACUCACUCCAUGGUUCCCUACACAACAUACGUCUCGACUAGAUGGUACCGUGCACCCGAAGUACUCCUAAGAGCUGGCCAGUACUCUGCGCCUGUGGAUAUCUGGGCGUUCGGUGCCAUGGCCGUUGAAAUUGCAACACUGAAGCCUCUCUUCCCCGGCGGCAACGAAGUCGACCAGGUUUGGAGAGUCUGUGAGAUCAUGGGAAGCCCCGGUCUUUGGGUCAACAAGCAUGGUCAAAAGCUGGGAGGUGGAGAAUGGAAAGAUGGCGUCCGCCUAGCUGGCAAGCUCGGAUUCUCUUUCCCCAAGAUGGCUCCUCAUCCUAUGGAGACUAUUCUCCAAGCACCUCAAUGGUCCGCAAGCUUCGCAAAGUUUAUCACCUGGUGUCUGAUGUGGGAUCCUACCGUCCGACCUACCUCGACACAAGCCCUCCAACACGAGUACUUUGCUGAUGCUGUCGAUCCUGUGAGACCCAAGUCGUCAAACACUGCCAAACUUCUUCGCAGCAAAAGCUCUACCCUGAUCGGCCUCGAGAACUCGCCAGACUCUACUCAAGGCAGUAUCUCGCUCAAGAAGUCGUCGUGGUUCAGGAAAUCCGUUAGCACUACAGACUUCACACCGCGUACAGAGCACGCUUCUCAAGCGCCCACAUCCAAUCCUUCGCCCAUCAACGCUAAAGGCGCCGAAGGCACUGGUUCGAUCAAACUCCGCCCUCCGUUCGCUAAGAGAGCAACGUGGAACAGUGCCGUACCAAUACCUAUCCUGCCAUCUAUCAAGCCAGUCUCGCCGAUACACGAUGCUGUGACCGCCGCCGCCGCCAAGUCUGAAGCCACCGAGAAGAAAAAGAUCUCAAGGCAGCUAUCUGUCAACUCCCACGGCAAUCACUAUGCAGAGUAUCACCGUCAGGAAGCCGAGAAAGCUCUCAAUGGCCUGAGCGGUCUUGCUUCACCCACUGGAAGCAUCAGAGAAAGCUUCUUCUCUCACCUGCGCAAACGAGCUCGAAGAUUCUCCGGUCGCAACCAAAUUCCAGGAUCGCCAGGACCCGAGGAGCCCGAACCAACAAGCGUGGGAUGUGCACCAUGGGCAUCAAGCAACCGAUCAUCACUGUCAGCUGAGCCCCCUGCUCGCGACUCUACCGCCGAUACAGGGUUUUCGGAACUUGACAAGGCCUUGGAAAGCGUUCGCUCUAGCCUUGACGCUCGCGCGUCAAACGCGCCUGCCAGACAAGUCCAGCGCAUGUCAAGCACGCCCAUUCUGAAGCGUCACCAUUCGCUGUCCACAGUAAAUGAUGGACGCACCUCGCCUGCACUUUCCGUCAACGCACAAACUACUAGCAGAACGCGGCGAUCAGUCAGGCAAUCGCUAAACCCUCGUCAAACAUACGAAACCCCCGAUGAAGAGGAGGAGUUACUUGACGAGGCAUUGACCAACGCGCGUCGGGCAGCAAGACGACUCGAGAAGCCCACCCCAGCCAAGCCGUCCUCGGAUAAAGAAAACACCAGACCUCCAAUCGCGCACGUGACAUCAGAUCCCGGCUAUAUGUCUGCCUACUUGACACCGUCACCUUCGAAGGACAACAACCUAGGUUUUGGCCAAACGGACAUGACCCCUACUAAGUCCAUGGUCAUCACACCACGAAGACAGCGCGACAGUCUGAAUCCUCAAUGGCCUACACCACCCUAUGACGAUUACGAGUGGGCUUCAUCAGCCGCAGCAUCCAUCCUUGCUGUGCAUUCGGGGAACAAACUCAAGUGA